UGUUAAUGUGUCGAGGGAAGGCAAUGCAGGAUUUUAAAGGUCCAGAUUGUCGCUUCGUGAAUUUUAAGAAAGGAGAAGCAGUGUAUGUAUAUUACAAACUAAUAGGAAAAUCAAUCGAGCUUUGGGCUGGAAGUGUUGGAAGCGAUUUUGGAUAUUUUCCAAAGGAUUUACUUGAAAUAAAUCAUAAUUAUUCCAAUGAAGAGCUAGAAUUACCAACAGAUGAAACAGACUUUGUUUGCUUUGAUGGUGGAAGGGAUGAUUUUGAUAACUAUAAUGUGGAGGAGCUCUUGAAGUCAUUGCAAGAGACGACAGCAGAUGAAGUCGAAACUGAGUCAAGUGAUUUGGGGGCAAAACCAGCUGAAGUAAUUGAAAUGGAUGAGGAGACUGAACAGGAUGAUUCAGUGAAGUCCCUUGAUGCUUUGGAGACAGACAAUCUUGAGCUAAGCACAGAAGACGACAAGGAAGCCCCCACCAUGACAGAGGAGGAAGACAGUUCUCUUAUAAAAGGAACUGAAAAUACUGGGGGAGACUCCAGUGUCAAUAGUCACAAAGAAAACUCUCAGGGAGAUCACACUGCACAUGAGCACUUGAAAGGAAUGCUACAUGGGAAGCUAAAAGGGCUAGAAAGUGAAAAUGCCAAAAAUACCAGUAUUCCUCAGGGUGAAACCAGCCAACUUGACAAAGACAAUGAAGAAGUCAAUGCCUAUACACUUUUAAACAGAGAGCUCUCUGUGAACUUGAAAACAAAAUUUGGCUCAACUGCUGAUGCUGUUGUAUCAGAUGAUGAAGUGACUCACCUUGUUACAUCACUGGAAGAUGAUUUGGAUGAAGAUUUGAGCAUUAGUGCAGAGGAGGAGCCAGACUUUGCAGAUGAGGCUGAAGAAAUUCCUUUGCUGUCUUUUAUGGCAGAGGAAGAAACUGCACCUCCAGCAGAUCUAGAGGAUGAUGAAAAUGAUGACAUCAACUCACAGAAUCAUGAAGCUGAUGAAGAUGCAAAGGGUGCUACAGAGCUAGAUAACCAAAGAGACAGUGAGGAAGAACCUGAUUCAGAUGCAUUAAUGAUCAAGGAUGCCUUCAGUAAGAGUGAGAAGCUGGGUGCUAGUUUAACUGUGGAUAGGUCCAAAUCUAAACAAACAAAAGAGAAAAAUGAUGAAGUGAUGCUAAUUAGUAAAAGAGAAGCACUAGCAACAACUCAGCCAGAGGAUCUCUCCAAAGAACUUGUUAGGAAGGAACCUGUAGGUUCAGGUGAUCUGGGUUUGAAAGAAAAAACAAACAAAACUGAACAUUUUGAAGAGCAGCUCACCAUUGAUGGAACUGAACCACAUACUGAAGAGCUGAAGAGUACAGCUGUGCCUCAGCCUCACAAUUUGCCUAGUGCAGGAGAUGAUCUGGAGUCCAAGUCAUUUGCUAAAAGCAAGCAAGAUGCUUUAAAACCAUCUGUUGGUGAUACCAACAGAAGUCCAGAAAGAGUGCUGCUUGCUCAAAUAGAGAAAGAUGAGGAAAAAAUUCAGGAUGACACCGUGGAAGACGUCUUGGAAAGUGAUUUAAAGUACAGAAAGUUAUGGGAGAAAAUGAAGAAGGGAAGAGUUGAGAACAAGCCUUCUGUUGAUGUUCCAGCCAAACCAGUGGAAGAUGUAAAAAAUACGUCUCAAAGUGACUUAGAAGAUACUGACCUCUUGAAAGAGAGACCAGAGCCCAGAACACCCGCUGUGGAGAAAGACUUUCUAAGACAUGAAGAUGACUUGAAACAGUCAGGAGAGACUGAUCAUGAAAAUCAAAAAACCACCUCUCUUAAAGGACCUGAAAUGAAAAUGAGAAACAUGAAAGAAACCCCUGCAGGGGAGAGAGACCCAAGCCAUCGAAGAGCUGUUGAGCAAUCUAGGCCAUGGGAAAAUGAGAUUGAGUAUUCAGAGGCAGAUGUGAAAGAAGAGCUUUCAAGAAAUCUUGGCAAGAUGACAGUAUUUGAAGAAGGUGUCGAGAAAACUUCCCCUGAAGAAAAACCAAAAAGAACUUCACAGAAUACUAAUACAGAUAAUCUUACUCGGGAAGGAACUGCUCGUACUGAGGAUGCAGAUUCAGACAGAAAUAUUGGCACAAAUUUAGCAGAAGAAAGAACACUAAGGCCAGAACUGCAAUCUGAAGAGCCAGAUGCUGAAGAUGACCCAGGCCUCCAACGAGGAGAGGAAGCGCUACUGGAAGAUGAGAAUGCUGCAAGUGCAAAGCUGUCACAAGCAAGGGCUGCAAGUGUACAGGGUGAUGCAAUAAAUGUUAAAAGUACAAACCCUGAAUUAGAACUACGAAGUGAAGCUGUUCUGGGAAGCACAAAUCCUGCCUCUGAAACAGGAGAGGAAACAAACUUGUCUUCUAAGGAGGCUAAAAAACCUGUCAGCGUGCAAGAUGCAAGCGAGACUGGGAGCAAAGAAGUUGAUGUGCCAGCAAGUGAAGAUGCUAAACUGGAUGAGAUGGGACAUGUUGUGGAAGAUGAUGAUGAGCCUCCUGAAGCUGAGGAACCAUCAGCUAUUGAAGAACAUAACUUCCCUUCUCCUGACACAGAAGACAACAAUGAUUUUAACCAAAGGAAAGAUGGUCUCCCAGAGGGUAUUUCACAGAAAGAUUCACAGGCGCAAAGUUUAGAGCAUACAAGAAAUGAACAUCAUCAAUCUACACGCUUUCCCAGCCCUGCUGACAGCUCAGCAGCCACAAAUGGCACUGUAACAGACUUCAGUGAGUCUGUAAAGCAGCUCACAAUAAUGAGAGAUUUUCUUGAUGAAAAGCGUGUAAUACGUCUACAGAAGUACCUUGGGCUUCAGCAUGUGGUCAAGAUAGAAGCCAUGUUUCACGACAUGAAGGUGGAGAUGGAGCUUGCUCAGAAUGCAAGCCAUAAUAGUGAAGAUACAGAAAAAGCUUUGGACCAGAUACUUGAGUUUUCAGAAUCAACCAUUAUGGAUUUUGUAGGAAAAGUUCUGGAUUCCAGAGUGGUAGAAAAUAAAGAGGAGGUGGUGAAAGAAAUGGAUUUGUAUGAUGAGGAGAGUGCACUGAUGGAUGAUAUUCAAGAAUUAAUAUAUUCUUUAAGGAGUAAAUACUCAUCUGCUAGUGAGAGUGUCCCACUUGCAUCUGUUCCAGAACAGGAAGAUGAUCAGCUGCACGUUCAAGGUGGUGCAAAAGAGGCUGAAUCUGACAUUUCCAUCAGAAACCCAAACUCCAUUGGUGAGAACAAUCAGGAGUUUCAGCAGCUUGAAGAUGAGAGGCCGGAACAGCCUACUGAGGAGGAGGAGGAGAUGGCUGUUCAUGUUCCACCUGAGCAUGAAGAGGCCAACUUCUGGGAUAGAAGAGAAGCUGAAGAAGGGUAUGACAGUGAAAGAGGAUCACUGCUGGAAGAUGUGUCCUCUGAGUCAAUUGAUUCAGGACAGAGUGCCAGGGAAGAUUCUGCUGCAG